ACAGUACACCUCACGGUGGUGUUGCAAGUCAGCUUAGAUUCCUCUUCGCUUCUAAGACCGCCGGGUUAGGAGCCGGUAAGAGGGGUUCCUGGCUCUCAAGGUACCGACCGAAUUUGCAGAGGGUGCGUGAAAGCUCCUCGAUUCGCGUCUUAGGACAGCUUUGGCAUUCGCGCUGAGCUCUCUCGCUUCCUGCUUGCCUGGCAGCCUGUGGUCACGAGGCGAAUGCGUGGAUUCCGUGCUACAGAGCAUAGCGUGUGUAGACGAGGGAAGACCUUUGGUGGUUGAUAGAAUCCCCUGUCAGACCCGCACGUGCACUGUCGGAACUGUCCCUAGCUCGUGGCCGUACCUCUCGACGUUGUAGUUAUGUCGGCCGAAUAAAGAUUUCCUUCCGCCAGCUGUUUCGGUGUGUUUCUUGAACGGCUCGCUCCGCGACUAUCACCGGCGGUUACACCCCUCUUUGAUUCCUGGAUUUACCCACCAGCGCACCGUUCGCUCUACACUAGACUAGGCCUGGCGUACCGGCGGUCGCCCGAAGUCUGGCGGAUGUAACCCUCCAGCCCGGCCUUCACCCUCGAGCGCUCCUCUAGAUAGCCGUCCUCGCAUCCCCUCCUCGCGUGGCGGCCGCUCCAGCCACCGCCGCAUGACCCGUCGCCCAGCCCGCGCGCGAGUUGCUUUGGGUUAGUGACCCUGACGGGCCGUCCCCUGGCGUUAUGAACUGCUUUCGGUUCGGGCAGGUCCUUCGGGACGACAGCCCGCCUCGCCACCACCAGCAUCACCACCGCGGCGCGCACGGGCACUCGUGGCACGGGUGCACGCGGCCCGUGCUGGUGGACGACCCGGGCGACGACGACGACGAGCACGGCGGGUAUGGCGUGCGACCAGGCGUGCCGCGAUCGCACAGCAAGGAGAAGGAGCGGCUCCAGCAGCAGCAGCAGCAGGAGGUGCAGGCGCAAGCGCAGGCGCCACAGGUGGAGGCAUCGCAGUCGUUGGAGGGGGAGCAGCAGCGGCGGGUGCGUGAGGGGAACUCGGCUGAGCAGCGCGAAGGCGAGCUCCACACGGAGCAUUGCACGGUGGGGAGCGGUGCUAGGGAUAGGUCGGGGACAGGGAGUGAUGCGGCGUUGGGACAAGAGGAGGGUGGGGAGGAGGACGAGCAGCAGCAGCUACAGGUGCGGCUGAAGCAGCAAAUAGAGCGGACGCUACAGCAACAGGAAGGGGAGCAAGGGGAACUGCAGCAGCCGCGGGAGAAGGUGCAAGCUGCAGCGGCGAUCCAGCCUGGCGCGUGUGCGCGGUCGCACAGCUCGCCUGUUCCCGCGCUAACCGUCGCCAGCACCGCUGCUCGCCACGUACAGUUUCAGCAGCAGCAGCAGCAGGAGUCGAAGCACUCCAAACAUUCCAAGCACGGCAAGCAGGAGCGGGGGGGCGUUCUGGGGGGGUUCAUGAGCGCGCCUGCCAGCCCCAUGUUCCGCACUACCAAGCACGCGCAAUCCGCCGCCGCCACCACUGCUGCCCUUGCCGGCAGCACAUCCGUGGGGGGCCCGGGGCGACACCCCCUGCUCCGCCGCUCCACCACCCCCUCGUCAUCCUACCACCACCACCACCACCACCACCACCACUCCUCCACAGCCUCCUCCCCCCGCAUCUCCCGCAGCUCCCCCGGCCCCUCCGCGCAGUCCCCCUCAUCCGUGGCCUCCUCCCGCCCGUCGUCGCGCGACGGCGCGGGGAGUGGGAGCGGGCGCAGCCUGCGCCGAGACGGGUCGUCCAUGGGGUUGUCGUCGGGGCGGCGGGGAUCGUCGUCAGGGAAAGGGGGGUCGUCCGCCGUGCUGCCGCUCCCGGGCGGACACAACCUGCCAGGCAUUCUGACUAGGAACUUCUCCCGCAACAGCUCCUCGUCCACUGCGUCCACCCCGCCCCUUGCGCCCGCCAUGCCAGGCGCGUACCCGCCUAAGAGCCCCUCGGUGAAGGAGAAAGAGAGGAGUAGGGAGAGAGACAGAGGGGAGAGGGGAGGGGAGGUGAAAGGGGAGAGGGACAAAGGGCGGGGUGGGGUGGGCAGCAGCAGUGGGAUGGAGAGAGGGCCGUUGGAAGAUGCGGAUAUAGAGGCACUGCGGGAGCUGCAGCAGCGGCAUUGCCUGCAUAUCUUCUCUUAUGCUGAACUCCGGGCAGCCACAAUAAAUUUUGCGCCGGAGAAUUUGCUGGGUAGUGGGGGGUUUGGGAGGGUUUAUCGAGGGGAGGUGUUUCUGCCUCCCCUCAAGAUGCCCGCUGGCGAAGCUAGUAACAGUGGCGAAAUCGCUCUAGAGGCGGGUGGGCAGGAGGGUGAGGGAGCGGAGAGAGGGGGAGCGGGGGAGCAGGGAGCGGGUGGGCGUGUGGAGGUAGCAGUGAAGAAGCUGAAUAGCAAGAGCAUGCAGGGCCACAAGGAGUGGAUGGUGGAGGUGAGUCUGCUGGCAGCAGCCAGCCACCCGAACCUGGUGCGCCUCAUAGGGUGCUGCGCAGAGGGUGACCGCCGCCUGCUCGUCUACGAGCUGCUGCCCCUAGGCAGCCUCGACCGCCUGCUCUUCCGCCCUGCCGCCUCCUCCUCCUCUGCCUCCUCCACCUCCCCUGCCUCUGCUGCUUCGCCUGGCUGUGACCCCGGGCAAGGCCCCCCUGGCAGUCGGCCGUUGUCGCUGGACUGGAGCACGCGGCUGAGAGUGGCGCUGGGAGCGGCCAAGGGGCUGGCGUAUCUACAUGAGGAGAUGGAACCCAAGGUGAUCUACCGCGACCUCAAGACGUCUAACGUGCUGCUCACGGCGUCCUUCCAUGCCAAGCUCUCCGACUUUGGCCUCGCCCGGGAGGGACCGGAUGGGGACUCCGAAUACGUCUCCACUAUGGUGCGCGGCACAGCAGGGUAUGCAGCCCCGGAGUACAUGCUGACGGGGCAGCUGACGAGCAAGAACGACGUGUGGAGCUUUGGCGUGCUGCUGCUCGAGCUGCUUACAGGUCGCCCCUCCAUCGACAGCAAGCGGCCGCACCCGGAGGGCAACCUGGUGCUGUAUGCGCGGCCCUACCUGCAGCAGCCAGCAGACAUUGUCAAGAUCAUGGAUUCCGCGCUCACCGCCGCCUCGCCCCCGCCUGCCGCUGCGGCCAAGGUGGCGGAGGUGGCGCGGUGGUGCCUGGCCAUGGACCCCACUCACCGUCCAGUCAUGAGCCAGGUCGUGGACGUCCUCACCUUCCUCUCCUCGCAGCAGUGGUCGUGACGAGCCUCUGCUAUGGUGCCUCAAUAAUUGCCGCCACUGCAGCCAAGCUUGGUUGGUGACACCCGGUGCCAUAAACUGAACACACACACCGCAGUGAGCAGGCCCGACGUUCCAUUUUUAACCACUGUCUUUAAACAACAAAAAGGGUUCUAACUCUUAGAACUGAAUGAAUGAUUAAGGAACCUGUGUACAAGGAAAUAUAUCUAAGGGUUGUACUCUCUAAGAGGUGACCCUAUACAGUC